GAAACUCUGCAGGGGGAUUACUCAGGCUCGCCCGUACACGGUAAAACGUGACGCCCUUGGUAACCGUAACCAGCGCCCCACUGGCUGAAGCACGUUUUUGGGAGCGGAAUGUGGGCACCCAAGGACCCUUGAUUCGCCGGCCGACACCGGUGGAUUCGCGCUGUUCCUGACCCCUGCGACGGCCCGGCACGGUUACGUCAAGCGCCGCCAGAUCUUCGCUCGACAUGGCCAUCAACAUUUUUCUCCACACCGGGGUGACGACGACGACGACACCGCCGACCACAGGGCACAGGGCUUGGCGGAUACAAAUCAGGAUUGGAUUGUGAUAUCGAGCCGGGGUCGCAAGGAGCACAAGGAGCAGCACUGCAGCGGAGUGAGGAUCAUAAGCAAGGCCGAAUAUCACCACCAAGCCGAGGAGACAACGAAGGGCCAAGACCACCAUGCUACAACCACUCAGCAAAACCGCCGUGGCCACCACCCGAGCCGCAGCCAGGCGGGCUCCCACCGCCAAACCAGCAACAUCAAGGCCAUUCACGUCCUCGCCUUCAUCACCAUCCCGACGCCCACCCCCACCCGCCUCCUCCUCCACCUCAUCAUCAUCAUCAACAACAACUGCCGCCAAGACCAAAGAUGAAGCCACCCAAAAGACCCGACGCAUCAUCCUGACCCUCGCCUUCGCCGCCGUCACCUUCACCGGCACCAUCUACGGGGCCGGGCUCAAGACCCAGCAGGAGUGGAAGGCCGAAAAGAAGAAGGUGCAGGAGGCCACCGUGGACGACAAGGUGGCCAUGUUGGAGCGGCAGAAGCUGGAUAUGCUGCGGCAGAAGACGGAGAUCGAGGGGAAGUUGGCGGAAAUAAGGGCAAGGAUGAGGGAGAGGGAUGUUGAGGCUGGUGGAGGGGGAGGGGGAGGGGGAGGGGGAGGGCAGGUAGCAAGCCCUGGGAAGGGCGGUCAAUGAUGUUGGAAGCAGCAUAGCAUAUCGUGCAAGAGAUACCCCU